CCUGGCCAAGUUCAGUCGCCAUCCGCCAUGCGCCGUGCCAUUGCCCUGUUCACGCUUAUCGCUCUUGGCUCAGCUGGAGUGUCCCGUGGCGCCAUCAGUCCCCGGCGCCGCGUGACAGACACACUCCUCCUGGACAACGGCGUGGACUGGGGCGAAUGGGGCCCUGUCGAGUACUGUGAGGACGGGAGCUUCGCCACGGCCUUCGAGGUCAAGUUCGAGCCGUACAGUUUGAUCGACACAGACGAGACUGCUAUUAACGCCGUCCGCCUCUACUGCAGCACGCUCGACCACAUUCUCACAGGCUACGUGCAGUCCAUCGAGGGAAAACACGGAGACUGGUUAGGUAAUGUCACCUUCUGAUGCUCUGAUGCUGUUGU